CUGUUCUUCCUCGGCUUGUUCUUUAGCGAAGUCUAUAAACACCUGCAGAAAACGAGAAAACAGCUAAUAGCUAUAGCUAGCCGAGUGAGGGUUGAAACAGACUUGUUCGAGAGUGGUUUGGCUGACAGAGUAGUCCACAAUUCCCAGCCUCUCCUUGUUGGCCUCCAUCUGUCGAAACACAGAGGACCACGUCAUGUCUGCACUCGGCAGCUGUUUGACAGCGCCGGGAAAAGUCUCCUUGAUGAAAAUGUUCACAGCCUGCGUGGCAAACGGAUUGAAGACCUCUCCGGCAAGGGAAAUCCCCGGAGAUGUGAUGCUCUUCACACUCCUGCAAUUAGGAGAGUUAAUUAAUUAGUUAUACUCUUCCAACCUUUAACCCUUAGAGCUGCUCAGCAAUCAUUUUUGCAUAAUUUUAGCAAAAGCAAUCAGAAGAACUGUCAGGGAUAUUAAUGUUGACCACUGCUCU